GAUCGAUCACAUCGCUGUACAGGUAAGGUAGCUCGUGUACGUUCACACACAUAUACACACACACAGCUCGUGUACGUUCACACACAUAUACACACACACACACACGACAUGCAAUCACACGCACACACGAGCAUCGCCACUCACCCACCACUGCACACACGCGUCCCUGUACACGAGCAUCUAGGCAUAUGUAUAUUCACAGGGGGCGAAUGCACCCAUCUCAUCUAUAGCUAGCCAGGGGGGGCAAGGCAGGCAGGGCACGUCCACCCUCGCCCAAAUGGCACAUGAGGCUCUCUCCUCCGCUCUCGAAUUGCAUCUCAUCUCAUCGCUACGCAUCUAUCCUGCAAGGCAUCCACACCACAACCAAGACAGCACAGCACACAAACCACGUUGACGCAGGUAUGUAUACAUUCCUCCCCGCCAUUGCAGGCUUACGUCCUCUGCAAGCUUUGUAUGUUGGCGCGGCACACGGGGCACUGAGGGCUCGCCGCACUCAUCAGACUGUUCGCACACCUGAACACACAACACACAAGCACACACAACAAAGCAUAAGAUGCCCGCUCCUCCCCCGUGCUACGUAGCACCCAGGACCUCACUCACUCGGUGCAAGCGAUACGGUGUCCGCAAGGCACGAAGGUCUGCGACAUUGGUCGGUCGCUAUCCAUGCAUAUGCCGCACGCCGUCCCAGGCCGCUGCAGGCUCCUCUGCAGCGCACGAAGCGAACACGACUGCAGCCGCUCCCAUAGAGAUUCCAUCUCAUGCGACCUGCAUGAAUGUCACAGACGCACAGAUACACAGACAGCCGUGUGGGGGAGAGAAUAUGCCGACGGGCAGCUGCUCACCGUUGUGCGUGGAUUUGUUUGGCCAUCUUAGCGUCCCUCUCGCCCGCCAGCAGCUGCCCCAGGAGCUGCGAUGACAGCUGGUCGUCAGACAUAUCACUAAACUGCCUGCAACACACGCAUCCAUCCACACCACACAGACAUUUGACAUACGGAUGGGCCCAUGGAUCAAGGCGUGUGUGUACCUGAGUCGGUCGGCAUCGACGUCGGGCGGCAUGGUCAUCUGGUCUGCCCGCGUGUGGGCCUCCGCCACACGCUGCUGGGCCUGCUCUUGGGUCUCGGCGACACGCUGCUCCGCCUGCACCAGGUCCAGCUGCAGCUGCUGCAGCUGCAAUACCAUCGCCUCGUGACCACCCUCCAGCUCCCGAAUCCUGCAUCCAUCCAUCCAUCCAUUCAUCCACACGACACACCACACACCAACAGGUGGCUGUUUCCGUGGAAAACCACCCACCACGCACCGUUCCUGCGACAACGAGUUUUCGGCGGCCUCUGCGGUCUUCUCCUUGAGCAUGGUCUUGGUCUGCGUAAGCUCUGCCCGCAGCUCCUUCAGUUUGGCGUCUUUCUCGCCCCGCAGCUUGCGCAUGUCCUCCUGCAGCUUCUUGAUCUGCGCAUCCUUCUGAGAGGCCAUGGUUGACAUGCUGAGCGCACAGAGGAGAGAGAUAUAAGGGAGACGUGGAUGGGAUGGCACUCGACUGCGCGGGUACUGUGCUGACCUCUUUUUCUCCUCGUCCAGUUCGGUCUCCAUCUUGGCCUUGUGGGCGUUGAGCUGCUUCUCCUUGUUCCUGAGGCUCUCCUCCAGCUCAGCUACCGCCCUCUCGCGGGCCCUGCUGUCCGUGUCCCUCUUGCGCAGCGCUGCCAUCUCCUCGUCUCGCUGUGAGAUUGCCUUGGACUGCUUGCUCACCCGAUCCUCCCACCUAAGCACACAGGAGAGGUGUGUCAAUGGGUGUGGAUGGACGGCGUCGUUUCGUCUAUCAGACGCACACCGUUGUCUGUCGGCGUCUCUCUCCUCUUUGGUCUUCCUCAGUGAGUCCUCCAGGCUCUUCUUUUGCUCGCGGAGGCUCUUGAGCUCCUUCCUGACCACCAAACAGUCACCCAUUCCUGUGUGGCCCACUCUGGUUUGUGCCGCUCCAGCCAGCUCACCGCUGCCUGUCGAUGACGCCGCUGUGUGCGUCGAUCUCAUCGCGCAUCCUCUUCAUGUCCACCUGACUCGACCGACAGUUGUUCUCCAGCUCCACCAUCUUGCUCUUGUCGAUGUGGUGCCGCUGUUGCAGUGCCGCCAGGGUGCUCUCAGCCUCGGCUGCCCUCUCCUCCAGCGUCGCUAUCUGCUGCUUCAGCUGCUCGGCCAGCGGGCACUUUCCGGCUGAAGAGAUGUCAGCUAAAGGGUCAGCAGAGCCGAUGGGAUUGACGAUCUGCGGCUGCUCUGACCCCUCCGUGCCGUCACAGGCCGACUCGCCGCCCUCACUGUGGUCGGGGCUCAUGGGCCCGUCGUCAUCCUCAUCAGCUGACGGCUGCUCGCUGCCCGACGGAUCGACCAAGGGCUCCAUUAGAUCGGGAGGAAGAACCAAGACGUCGCCGAAAGCCAAGACCUCCACCUCAUCCAUCAGCCGGUGGCCUUGAAAAACGAUGCAGGAGGGGGAGGGGGAGGGUGGGCCGGAUGGUGUCUGCAGAAGGGGUGGGGGACAGGCAUCACCGCCACAACCACCACCACCACCACCAUUGCUGGGGGGUGCAUCGGCCGAUGGGGGCAGUGCGUCCAGACCGGGUGCAACAAGCUCCUCAGGGGUCGCGAGAUCCAGCUCACCACACACACCGGCAUCAAACGCAUCAGCCGCAUCAGGCGGCUGGUCGGCUUGGUGAGAGGGUGCAGCAAUCUGCUCUGCAGCAGGUGCAGGGGUGGCCGGCCAGCGAGUCGGCGAUGGGUCCGCAGAUGCAGCCCUCUUGGCUCCAGUGGCCUUCUGCCGCGGCCGCUUCUUCUUGGCCUUCUUGCUCUCUGCCGGCGGUGGCUGCUGGUGCUUCUGUUGCUGCCACUGCAGCUCGGCCAUGACCUCAUCGCCCGGUAGCUGCACGCCGAGCGCCUGCCUGGCCUCUCUCCCCCUCGCCUCCGCCCUCAUGAUGGCCUCACGGCUCUCUUCACCGUCAGCCUCCCCCCUUGGCUCAGCCGGGGCCGGACACUCUUCUAUCCUUUGCCGGUGCGCCUUCUGCUUCUUCUGUCUGUCGAGUUUCUCGCGGAGCCGCCUGCGGGUCUCGUCUUGACGGCGUAAGCAUCCCAUCUCGUCCGGAUAAGCACCCUCGUAGAGGACAGCGGCCACUGCAGCCGGACCGGACGCAUCGGCGGCAGGCUCAGAGGCUGGCAACACACAUUUGUGCACAGAUGGACAGAUACACACACGAGAUGAGACCCUGCCACACGUGUGUGGAUGUGGUGUAGUACGUGUGUUUGGUUGGUCAUUGUCUGCGCGUGAGUUGGCAGGAGGAGCGUUGAAGCUGAUGGGAGGGUCCGGCUCCGUCGGGUGUCCUGAAUGUGAAAGGGGAAAGACGCCAUCUGUGCACUGCGGUGGUGUGGUUCCCGUCUGACACAUCUCACUCUUGCCUCUGCACCCACCGAGCUUCGCUGCCAGACUCGCCAUGGACUUGCUUGCCUCGCGCAGAAGAGAAAAACACUCCUCUGGCCGGGGGAAGGCCUCAAACAUGCGCCCUGCCUCGCAUAUGCACUUGCCGAAGAAGUCCAAGUCCACUGGCACAAAGGGCGGCUUGGCUGAUGCCGUACAGCCGAUGUGCAGCCCCUUGGUCGUCUUGAGCAGCUCUAGAAGAGUCGGGGCCUUGUCGAUGAAGGCCAGGUGCCACUUGUAGGGGUAGAGGGAUGAGAAUGACGUCCGCAAAGCCGCCAUCAGAUUGCUUGACACCUCCUCGACGGCUUCCGAGAGGUCCCGGACAGCCCGGUCGUCGGUUGGGGGUAUGUGGCGAUAGCACUGCCUCAGAGCGCGCUCUAUGUCUCGACGAGCUGUGCAUCCACGAUAGCAGGGACCUGCAAGCGCAGCACAUUGGGAUAUGUGCACCCACCGCACUCUUCUUUGUCCGCGAUCAGUGGAUACAUACAACUAAACACUUACUUGUGGAGACGACCGUCUUGGCGUAGCCGUGCUGUACGUUGAUGGCCUCGAUGGUUCGGAAGAGCUCCACCCACGAGCUCCCCUCAUCCGCUAAAUUGACCCCUAAAUUACAUACACCACCAGUGAGUCCCUCACUUAGUCGCAUGCACCCACCCACCCAUCCGCCCACGCACCCACCCACCCCUCAGAUCGAUGUGGAGUGCAGGCGUCCGUCUGGCCUCAUCCUCUCGCUGACGCAGCGCCUCACUCCAUCGGCUUCUUCUCCUCUCUCUGAGGACGGCUGCAACCGCAGCCGACGGGAUGCCAGGGCGUGGUCCGUGGCCCACUGGCUGCGGCAGGGGCGUCUCGUAGUCUGCUGCUGCCCACUGCGCCUCCUUCUGUCGCCUCGUCUCCUGCAGCACCGCCUCCCUCCUCUCGUGUGCCCUCUUGUGCGCAUCGAACACCAUGUUUGCGAAAACCGAGCUCUUGAGGAAGGCGACCGAUUCGGCACCUCCCUGACACCACACACACACACACACACACGUAUACUACAUACAGAGGAGACCGAGUCUGCCGAUGAGCCGGUGUGCGACAGACCCAAGAACUGAAGCGGAGCUCUUCGAUCGAGAGCUCGGGAUUGGUGAGCGCCCAAGCGAUCAUGCUGCUGCUCCAGUAAGCGAAGGCAAGGCACCUGUGCAUAUUAAUAUCGGACAGAUCGACAGGGCCCAACAUUGAUGGUGCCAGCGAAGAGCCGAUCACUUCACUCACUUUAGCUCCUUCUUGUGAGGGUUGCGGUCCAUGCUGCUGGCCAGCGCAUCAGUGAAGCUGCUCAGGCGAGAGAGAGAAGCAUACCGCGGUUGCGUAUGUGGCACGAAGCACUGUGCUUACCGGGAGACGCUCUCUCCGUCUCGAUUGACCAGCAGCGACAGGUCGAUCUCGCGAGAUCUCACCUCAGCAAAGGACUCGCCGAUGGCCUGAGGGAGGGACACACAAGCAACACUACAGAACAACGCCAAGGCGACACACACACACAUUUCCGAUGACUAUUGCCUACCUGGAGCGUGUCGACACUGGCGUCCUCGUUGUUAAAGGGAAGGGACGGCUCGGCGAGAUCCAGCACAUCCAUGGGACGGCUGCCGAGGCUCUGCACGCACCAACGGAUUCAUGUGCUUCAGAGCCGUUGAGACGUCUGCCGUCUUACUUACCUUGACGACAGUUGCGACACUGCUGGUGCGUUCCAGCCAAUCCAGACGCAGCACUCUGACGCAGGCACAGAUAUAUCGCCGCAGUGGGGUUUCUUGCCGCACCCACCCACCAAGCACCGACUGACCUGAGGUUCCUGAACGGUCGGCCUUUUCUAUCUUGGCUACUACUGAGGAGCGCGCCAAGGCGAACAGUGAAGGCCGGGGUCAGAUUUGACCCCCUCAGGCUGAGAUCCUCAAGACACCGCAGCUUGCCGAUGGCGUCGGCGAACGCCACGCCCUUCUCGUCGGACACAUCCUCCAGGCGCACGCCUGUAGGCAAACACACACACACGUAUUCAUUAGAGACCGGGGCCGAUAAGAGGAGACGAGAGGACAGCAGAGGAGAGCAGAGCUGGCAUCUACCAGUCAAUGCGAGCCUCCGCAGCCUGUGUGUGUCCAGGAUACAGCUGUAAAUGACGCUCAACGACGCCUCGGUGAAGUCGAUGUCGCCCGGAGGCACGUAGAUGCUCACCGACAGCAGCUCAUUAUGAACGCUCCUGCCGUCGAAGACACACGCAGACGGACGGGCGGACGGACGGCGGACGGAGAGAAAGACGGUUCUCAUCUUUGGGUGUCUGUCUGUCUGUCUCUGUCUGAAGGACCUGUCAGAUAGAACGACAUCACGUGUCCGCCCGAUCAGAGUGUCAUUCCUGAGCUGCGUCGCAAAGUGCGGCAUCAGCACUUGCCGACCAGGCUCGCCAGCGACCUUGUUGACGGGACAGAGACUGACAGAGACCGACAGCCAACACAUCCAUCCAUCCAUCCACCUUCGCAAUGUCAGCUCACGUGUCGAAUAGUGUGCGGCACGUCGAGGCCAUCGCAGCCACCCGCAUGGGAGUCAUCCGAUACUCACAGGCGUAUAUGUUUCUCAGCACCUCCCUGCAGCCUGUCUGCUUGUUGACGGCACCAAGGAGCUGCACAAACCCGUUCUGCAACCACCACUCACACGGACACACACACAGACAGGACGGAUGCAUGGAUGUGGCGAGUGAUGUGACGGACUCACCGCGGCAUUCUUCUGCUUGUGUCGGUCUUUCCAUCCGCUUUGGAGACGUCUGCGCGCCUUGUCGACCCUCCUCUCCUGAGGCAUAACACCACAGAUGCACAUGGCUGGGCCAUCUGUGCUCGCAUCUGUGCUCGGCUGGCGGACUGGCUGACAGCUGACCUUCUCGACGUAGGGCGAUACAAAGUCGGUGACGAAGGACUUUACUUUGGGGCUGAGGCCCAGAUCAAUCCACCCCAUUCGCUCGCCCUCUGCUGUAGUCAGGAGCUCGAGGAUGGGAUCAAACUGCACAUACAAAGGAAGACACAACCAACAGUCACACACUCAUUCUUGCGGUCGCGUGGUGCUGCCUUUCUGACCUUGAUCAUCUUGGCAGCGAUGGGGUUCAGCUGGCCGGGAGGCAGCUCCUGCUCACCGUGCCUGAACGAAAGAACGGUGACGCAUGGAUAGGGGGCCAAUGACGCGUAGGUGGGUACCAGAUGAGUCCUGUCAGUACGUCGAUGACCGUCUCGGUUGCCUUGGCAAUGUCGGGCCUCUCUAGCCGCCCGGCUGCCCAAGCCAGCCUCUCCAGAAUCUUGCAGGCUCCCCACAGAAGCGCAUCGCUACCGGCAACCUAGACGGACACAGCCCACACACAUCGUCGAUACGUCAGUCAGCAGCCAUCCAUCCAUCCAUCCAUCCAUUCAUCCAAGCAUGGCUUUGUGUCAGUCCUCUCUAUCCUAUGUGCGCUCACCCACCCGUGCAUCUUCGUCUACGGCUAAGAUCAUCUUGGUGCAUUCACAUAUCGUGGCCGCGCUGAGGGGGUCACAUUCACCGCCACACACCAGACGGCCGUCUUCGUCUGCGAGGACGUCACCCAGCAGGUCUAUGAAGCCCACAUCCCAAAGGCGAUCGCCCUGCCCGGUCUCUGCAAAUUCGGAACACACACACAUACGCGUAGCCUACACGAAUGUCUGUGUGUGUGCGUGAGAGGUGGCUGGCUGGCUGACCCUGGAAUACGACGAGUAUUGCGAGAGCACGCCGCAGCCUCAAGGGACACAUGUCGGCCGGUCUGUUCUUGAUGACGGCAGCGGUGGCCGGCAGGACGGCGCUGCUCUGCGCCACAAGACGACAGGGGUCGGAGUGGAACACGGCAUCUGCGCAGCACACAGGGGGCGGGCAUUGUGUACGCAUCCGGGGCGUGCAGUGUGUACGCAUCCUACUUGUCUUUGGAUUCUCCACAGCCAUGCCGAGGCAAUCGAUGUUCUUGGCCCUAGUGGAGUCGUCCACGCUGCUAUCGGCUACUUCAUCAAUGAGCCGCCCGAUGACGGUGUCAGAAUGCUUGCCAAACACAGUGGCCAUCUGACCUGCGUAGAUAGAUGGGCAGCCACACACAGCAGCACAGACUCGAAGAAACAAACGGGUAAGAGAAAACCGACGUCGCGUACGUUCGUCAACGAGAUCUCUGCUAAUGAUGGCUUUUGCUCGUGGAAGGCUUGAAAGGAGGCUCUCGUAGUGCUCCUGCGUCGUCGCCCCGCGAAGGAGAGAGUCUUUGAUGAGUCGGCAGAGCUCCUCGUUGAUCGACUGGCAGAUCCCGCCGCCGCCACCACCUGACGCCAUUGCUAUCUGCUGCUAUGGUCCAAUCUGCAUCCACACAAACGUGCGAAGAAGAUCAUGGGCCCACGCGUGAUCUGAUGGGUUGUGCAGACCAAUGCACUUACCACAAAGUGCACAGUUUCGGGGAAUUUUGAACAAGAUUAUUCAUUGGCGGUCUACAGCACCCUAGUAGGCACCAUCUAAGAAAGGAACGCCCUCC